CACCUGUUGCACAGCACUACAACCAUUGGCUUCUCUCAACUUCCUUUGACUGUUUCACAGAAUAAUUUUGCCUUGGGCAAAAAUUCAGUGAAAACUCUAACUGAAGGCCCAUUCUCUCUGACCUCCGGAGUCCCGCUCAUCUCCGCCAUGGCUUUCAACUUUCAAGUGUUUUCAAGAAUAUAUUUCUACAACCCAGAAGGGGUUUCAUUUAAACAGGAAAUCUGUUUCUCUGAGGGCAGCUUCUUCUGAAGGAUUUUGCAUUCAGGUGAUUCAGUCUUCACAGCCUGCUGUCAGCGGUGGCGCAUUAUCAGGUGCUUUUAAACUAUCCACACAGCCCAAGGGUGGCUAUUAUGAUGAUGCAAUAAAACAUGAAAAGAAGAGAGGUGGUUAAAAAGAACUUAAGACUGUGAUACAGCUCUGAAAUUUCUCAUUAAAAGAACAGCACCCUGAUACCCAAUCAAACACACAUACACAUGAGUUGUCCUUUCUUAGCAGAAAUGUGACAUAAGAACAUAAGAACAGCCCUGCUGGAUCAGACCCAAGGCCCAUCUGGUUCAGCAUCCUGUUUCACAGAGUGGCCCACCAGAUGCCACUGGAAGCCUACAAGCUUCUUGUCUUUUCUUGUCUCAUCAUUUCUGGAGAAUAUUCAGAUCAGAAAUGUGGAAGAAGGGAGCUCCAAAGCUAGUGAGCAACUAUUAACAACACAACAUCAAGAGGUUACUCAGACUUUGUGGACUGCAGUGGACCUAACUUCGGAGAGAGAUAGUGUCCAGAGCGUUCCUGAGUCUGGAGGAAGAGAUGCGCGUCCUUCAGAUCAGCAUGGCCCUGGUGAGUCCUUGCACCACACCUGGCCCUGGGGGUUGUCCCCCUGGGCGCAGCCGUUUAACAUGUAUGGAUGGCAUCCGGCCCCAGUUGCCCCCCCACCCCCUUAUGGGGCCUGCACACAGGUGUGGCAGGGGACUGCACCUGCUCUUGGUAUUACACUCCCCGCGGCCACGGGUACCACAUUGGAUUCUUCAGGGUCACAGGUUCUUUACCCGCCAUGCGACACCUCCCUGCCUCUGGGUGACCACCUGUUGCCUGCAGUUAAGGAACGCAUUUGACGUGGGGAAUUUGUGGAUAUCUUCCACCUGCUCUUUCGGGAGCCUGAACCUGCCCUGAAAGAAGGGGAACAAAAGAAAGAGGAGACGAAACCUAAAUGCAAGCCAGUGGAGCAUAACUGGGCCAACUGGUUGUCGGGCUACACAGUCUAUAUGGGAGUCAUGCUACAGGUACACACCUCUAAAGGACCUGCCCUUGUAAAGUACAAUAUCAUUCAUAGGGGUUACAUGGACUUCAUGGGCAAUGCCUGGGAGCGUUAUGAUCGCUCUUUUCAACUACGGGCCUCUCUCAACCCGGCUCUUCCCUGGGAUAGGCAGCACCAGGAACUCUGGCUCCUCAUUAUGACUCCUUCGAGGCCCAUUACGGAAGAACGAGCUGACAGCGGUCAUUUGAUAUCUAGAACUCCAGCAGCGCAGUCCUCAGGGCCUGCCGCUGCGCAGGGUGUUCAAGGUACCCUGCCAUGCUGGGCAUUCAAUACUAGCGGUAGCUGCAACAGGACCCCUUGCCGAUUCAAGCAUGAGUGCGGAUUCUGCGGGGGGAAACAUGCCAGCAUUCACUGUCAGCGAGUUAAGGGCUCCCGGGGGGGUACAAGGGACCCGCCGACUGGGAGCAGGAAGGGUGGAGGCACCCUGCAGGGUGCCGCUGCUGGAAAAGGGCCCUAGCCAAGUUAGGCUUCCAGUUUUAGAACGCCUGCUGCGUGACUACCCACUUAGAACACAAGCGCAGUAUCUGAGACAGGGUUUUACUUUUGGCUUUCGCAUUCCUUACGUUGGUUUAAGAGUUCAUGUUAUGUCCCCUAACCUUAAGUCCGUGGAGGGGAUGGAAGCAGUGGUGCUUCGCAAAAUUAACAAGGAAAUAGCCUUGGGGCGGGUUCUUGGUCCAUUCCGGGAGCUGCCCAUGCCAGACUUGCGUAUCUCGCCACUUGGGGUAGUGCCCAAGAAGGCGCCAGGCGAAUACCGCCUUAUUCACCACCUCUCCUUCCCCCACGGUUCCUCAGUUAAUGACGGAAUCCCCGACAGCCUGUGCUCUGUUAGGUACACCUCCUUCGACCAGGCAGUCAAAGUUGUCUGUUCAUGUGGGCAGGGUGCUCUGCUGGCAAAAUGCGACAUCGAAUCCGCGUUCCACCUCCUCCCUGUUCACCCGGCGGACUUUAAUCUCUUAGGCUUCGCCUUUCAGGGGCAUUUCUACAUUGACAGGGCACUUCCCAUGGGCUGCUCAGUUUCUUGUGCAGCCUUUGAAGCGUUUAGCUCCAUGCUUGAGUGGGCCCUCUGGCGGGAGGCGGGGCUUGUGUCCACGGCUCAUUACUUAGAUGAUUUUCUCCUGGUGGGCCGGCCCAGAACCAACCAAUGUAGGCACCUUUUAGAGGUUUUUCAAAAUCUGUGCGCGGACUUGGGUGUCCCGUUGGCACAGGAGAAGACCUAGGGACCCUCCUCAGUGUUGACCUUCUUGGGCAUCGAACUGGACACUGUGGCGUGUUGUUCCAGGCUCCCUCAGAUGAAGCUGGCCACCUUGUGGUCCUUGUUGGCCUCCUGUAUGCGGGCGCGCAAGGUCACCCUUAAACAGCUUCAACAGCUCAUCAGGCAUCUAAAUUUUGCUUGCCAGGUUGUUGUGCCUGUUCACUCUGACGACGACGCUGGCUUAGGCUUUGGCGUCUAUUUCCGCGGCCGCUGGUGCGCUGAACGGUGGCCGGAUGCCUGGGUCGCUAAUGGGAUCACCAGGGACUUGACGUUCCUGGAAUUUUCCCCCAUAGUGGUGUCUGUGCAUCUUUGGGCGGACCUUUUCAGAGACAAGAUGGUCCAUUUUUGGUGUGACAACUAGGCCACCAUGCAAGUGAUCAAUAGACAGACUUCCAAAUCCUCCAGGGUGAUGUCCCUGGUCAGAGCGUUCAUCUUAGCCUGCUUGUCUAACAAUAUUCUUUUUCUGGCUUGCCAUGUGCCUGGGGUGCAGAACGGCCUGGCGGACGCGCUGUCUCGUUUUCAGGUUCAGCGCUUUCGCCAGUUGGCGCCAGAAGCGGAGCGCCUGCCCGACCAGAUGCCGACGUGGCUGUGGAGCCUUGGCACCUAGAAGCGCAGAGGGCGGUUUGGGCCUUUUUGGCCCCCAGCACACGGGCAGCUUACACUAGGCAGUGCAGGGCCUUCCAGGAUUUUAGGACCCAGGUAGGAUUGUGCCAGGUCUGGCCUCCCCCCGCGGAACAGUUAAUGCAAUUUUUAGUUCAUCUCAAGGGUAAGAGCUUGUCCACUGGGGCUAUGGCGGGUUAUUUGGCAGCCCUAGCUUUUCAGUCAAAAUCCCAAGGGAUGGCUGAUACCACCAGGGAUUUCAGGAUGAGGAGGAUGCUGGAGGGUUGGACUAGGGAACACCCGGUCGCGGUUGAUAGCCGCAGGCCCCUUCUUCCCACCGACAUACGGGGCAUGGUUGAGCAUUUCUCGUGAAUUUGCCAGUCAUCUUAUGAGGCCUCCCUCUUUCAGGCGGCCACGUUAGUUUUGUUCUUUGGGGCCUUUCGGGCAGGUGAAUUGCUCCCCAGGGGUCAGCACAGCCCUGCUUUCAAAGUGUUUCAGUUUGGGGACGUUAGUAUGGGGCGGGAUGUGGCGCAGCUGCGCCUUCGGUUUUCUAAGACCGACCAACGCGGCAGGGGACAGUUAGUGUCAUUACAUAUGGCUGACGACUCUCUCCUUUGCCCGGUACGGGCUCUGGGCAGCUACAUGGCCCUACGGGGGUCUGCUCCCAGAUGCCUCUUUGUACAUGAGGAUGGGCUCCCCCUUUCCCAGUAUCAGUUCUGGACGGUGGCGCGGCGAGCGCUUGGAGCAGCUGGGGUUGACACUGCGCAGCUGUCUCUCCACUCUUUUCGCAUUAGUGCUGCUUCCACAGCCUCCCGGCUGGGUCUUUCAGGCGAGACCAUCCAGCGCAUCGGGCGUUGGUGGUCUGCCACCUACAAGAGGUAUGUGCGCUAGUGUUGUUACGGCGCUGACGGUUCUUUCUCUUUGCAGGCCCUG